GUACAAAGGAGGUGCAUAAAGACACGUUUGGCACACUAGAUUGGACAAUUUCUUAGCUUUUAUACUAGUUACAAACUCAGACAAGUCAGUAAAGACACAGCAACUCGAUGGAGGGACGAUCAUCAAUCUCCGGGCCAUGCUGGCGCUCCUUGAGCUCAAGACCUCGCAUGCUCGCAGCUCUCAGCUUCCUACUGCUGCUACUAGCUGGAAGAUCUUUACAAGAUGAGUACACUUUCAUUGAGGAACCAGAACCCUACUACUACAUUGUGGAGGGGACGGCUGGAGUAAUCCCGUGUGCCGCAGAUGUUGCCCUCGACGACGGGACAAGUCGUCCAAUCAGCGUCACACUGGUACUCAACUCUGUGCCAUUGGAUAUCCACGCUAUCCAAUCGGAUACUCGUAUAUUUGCUCACCUGACGAACAACGUGGUGGUGGGACUGCUACUAGUGAACGCAAUGGCUAGUGACUCACAGACAGUGCUGGAGUGCGUGGUGAUGGAUGGGAACACGACCGUACUGUCUGCUUCUACAACCUUCCUUAUCGGUGAUGGUCGUCCACUGACACCGCUCUCUCACCCGGUACAAACUGCCGAAACCAUCCACUCCAUCACACUGGGGUGGGGGGAAUCCCUCACACCCUCACACGCCCCCAUCACACACUACACCAUCCUUCUCGUGGAACUACUCGAAAUCGAACGAGAGAUCAUCUUCGAGUCGUUUUCCAACGAUACUGACGCUGAAGUAACUGGGCUCUCACCUGGUGUGAUGUACAGGAUCUAUGUGUACGGGGUAAAUGAUAUCGGAGAAGGUCAAAGGUCAAAUUACGUGGUUGGACGGACAGCUAGUUCACUGGUGCCCCUCCCCCCAACUAGACUGAAUGCGGAGGUAGUAGAGCGAGGGAGAGUGUUUGAUGUCAUCUUGUCUUGGAUGCCGACCCCGGUAGAACCAGAUAUGAUGUCCCCCAUCACACACUUUGUCAUCUACUACGGCAGAGACGAGACAGCUCUCAUGAACUACACCACCACCCACACUGAACCCACACGCUACAACAUGAGUGGGUGGACAGAGAAGGGGGAAUGGCUAGUAGGUGUGGCCUCUGCAAAUAAUGCCGGCAUAGGGCAAGCCUCCUACACAGAGAUCGUCUUAAAGCCCCGUACCGGUUUUCCACCCCCUGAGACUACAGUAUCUGACUCACAAACUACUACAGCUUCCACAAUCAUAGAUACAGGCACAAGUACGGGCACCACCACCACUCCCUUCAAUCUCACCACCAUCGUGGGUAUCGCUGGAGGCUGUGCCGUCUUCCUAGUGGUUAUCCUCAUCAUUAUCAUCACUAUCUGUAUCGUACGUUAUCGAGUGAAGAUACUAACCAGAGAGGAACAAACGUACAUACCACCACCACCAAUUGACGAGCUGGAUGGAUCACCCUCCUCAAAGCAUACUGGGAGAGUGUCAGACUCUUCCUACUCAAGCACAGAACUGCAGACUUUAGAUAGCGAGCCCAAACGAGCUGGGUCUAGAACACCACCCCCCACUAACGAUUGUGGCUCACAUUGUGUAUGACCAUGCGCACAGGCUAAUCAUCAAUUCAUUUUAUGUACUUAUCCAUUUCUGUUUUGCAUAAUUUAUAUGAUGUGCACAGUUUCCGUUGUCUUUAAUAAAUUAUUAAUGCAUGUGAA